CUUUUGACAGACUACAAAAGGAAGAACCAAGGAAAGCAAAUUCUGCUUUCCCUCUCUCUUCCCCAUCAGGCAAUUCCAAAUUUGUUUAUACAUUCUCAAUAUUUAACACAUUCACAUGUUGAGAGACAGAGAGAGAACAAAUUAGAGAGGGAGAGAGAACUCUGAAGUGAACAAUGACAAACACUUCAAAUCUCCAUGGUUUCUCCAUUUUGUGGUUCUGCACAAUACUCACUCUCUUCCCAGUUCUCACCACAUCUUUCGACACCAUCACAGCAACACAACCACUCUCCCCAGGCCAAACCAUCGUCUCCUCCGGCAACGUAUUCGAAUUGGGUUUUUUCUCACCAAACAAUUCAACCAAUUACUGGUAUGUUGGUAUUUGGUACAAGAACGUACCAACAACCUUCGUCUGGGUCGCCAACAGAGACAACCCACUCAAAAAUUCAUCAUAUGCCUUCUUAAAAAUCGGCCAAGAUGGAAACAUAAUACUUGUCGACCAGUCUUCAAAUCCUCCGAUAUGGUCUUCCAAUCAAACCACUUCCAACACCACAGUUGCGCAGCUUUUAGAUUCUGGGAAUUUUGUGGUUCGGCGAGAAAACGAUGUAAAUCCUGAUAAUUAUCUAUGGCAAAGCUUUGAUUAUCCCACGGACACGUUGUUGCCAGGUAUGAAGCUUGGUUGGGAUGCGAAAACCGGGCUGAACAGGUACUUGACCCCAUGGAAGACCAGCGAUGAUCCGUCUUCUGGAGACUAUGAAUUCAAGCUCGACAUUAAUGGAUUCCCGGAAGCUUUUUUAACGAACAAACAGGUCCGGGAGUAUCGAAGCGGGCCGUGGAAUGGGCUUCGAUUCAGCGGCGUACCGGAGAUGAACAUGACGAGUAAUAUUAUACUCUUCACAUUUGUGAUGAAGCCAGAUGAGAUUUCUUAUUCAUUUGAAUUGGAAAACAAGUCUGUGUAUUCGAGAUUGUUGGUGAACCCAUCUGGCGUAUUACAAAGAUACACAUGGAUCGAAACGAGCCAAUUAUGGAAUCUAUACUGGUACGCACCGAAAGAUCAAUGCGAUAGUUAUAUGGAAUGUGGUGUUUAUGGUGUGUGUAAUACUAAUGAUUCGCCUGUAUGUAACUGUAUGAUUGGAUUUGAGCCGAAGAAUUUACAGGCGUGGAAUUUGAGAGAUGGGUCUGAUGGAUGUGUGAGAAUUGGGGAAUUGAAUUGUGAGACUGAUGGGUUUUUGACUUUGAAGGAUAUGAAAUUGCCAGAGACUUCGAGUGCUUUUAUGAAUCAGAGUAUGAGUCUUUCGGAUUGUGAAAUGGUUUGUAAGAGAAACUGUUCUUGUACUGCUUAUGCGACUAUGGAUAUAGUUGGAGGUGGGUCUGGGUGUGUGAUUUGGACUGGUGAUCUUCUGGAUAUGAGACAAUAUGCUACUGCUGAAGGAGGGCAAGAUCUGUAUAUGAGAGUUUCGGCUUCUGAUUUAGGAUUGCAAAACAGUUCUAACAAAUCUAAACAAACUAUCAAGAUUGUUGGCAUUACAGUCAGUGUUGGUGUUCUGCUACUUGGUUUAAGUCUAUUUUUUGUAUGGUGGAGAAGAAGGAAAACACAAAGACAACUGAAAGAAAAGACACAGCAUAGAGGUGCUCAUGAAAAAAGUCAAGAUAUUUUGCUAAAUGAAGGGAUUAUUAUGAGAAACAGAGAUUAUUCAUGCGAAAGUACAACAGAUGAAUUAGAAUUACCAUUAUUCGACUUCGGUACCAUGGCAAUGGCUACAAACAAUUUCUGUGAGGAAAAUAAACUGGGACAAGGUGGUUUUGGCAUUGUUUACAAAGGUAUGUUGAUGGAAGGUCAAGACAUUGCAGUGAAGAGGCUGUCAAGGAAUUCAGGGCAAGGAGUAGAAGAAUUUAAGAACGAGGUUAGGCUGAUUGCAAGGCUUCAACACAGAAACCUUGUUCGUCUCCUCGGUUGCUGCAUUGAGAUGGAAGAAAAAAUGCUGAUAUAUGAAUACAUGGAAAAUAGAAGCUUGGACUCCAUUUUAUUCAAUAAAGAGAGAUGCUCAAUAUUGAAUUGGCAAAGGCGCUUCAACAUCAUUUGUGGAAUUGCUCGGGGGCUUCUUUAUCUUCACCAAGAUUCGAGAUUUAGAAUUAUCCAUAGGGAUCUCAAAGCAAGUAACAUAUUACUCGAUAGAGAAAUGAAUCCAAAGAUAUCAGACUUUGGCAUGGCAAGAAUUUUUGGAGGAGAUCAGACUGAGGCAAACACAAGGAGAAUAGUUGGAACAUAUGGUUAUAUGUCUCCUGAAUAUGCAAUGGAUGGCCUUUUCUCGAUAAAAUCAGAUGUCUUUAGUUUUGGCGUGUUAGUGUUGGAGAUAAUAAGUGGUAAGAAGAACAGAGGAUUUUAUAAUGCCAACCAAGAGCUUAACCUUCUUGGACAUGCAUGGAAGUUGUGGAGAGAGAGAAAGGUGUUGGAAAUAAUGGACACUUCUGUUGGAGAAUCGAAUGCGACAUGUGAGGUAAUGCGAUGCAUUCAUGUUGGCCUCUUGUGCGUCCAAGAGCGAGCAGAAGAUAGGCCGUCCAUGGCAUCUGUCGUUCUCAUGUUGAGCAGUGAAACUGCAUCAAUGUCGCAACCUAAGCAUCCUGGGUUUUGUCUAGGAAGGCAACGUGUUGAAACCGAUUCAUUGUCAAGCAAGCAAGAUGAAUCAUGCACCUUGAACAAUGUCACCGUUACAAUACUAGAUGGCCGGUAAUCGGAGGUCUGACCUUCUCCAGCAUAAUUGCAUAUCUCAAGAUUUUUUAUUUUUUUAAUUUAUAAGUCCUUUGUUUUUUUGCCAUUUUUGUGAAAGGUUUAAGAGGGAAUAGUUGUUCUUUUGUGUAAGGGAGAUGUAUAAUAUGUUGAUUUAUAUGAUUCAGUUAAUACAAGUUCAAUAUUUUUAGGUUA